CAGCUCACAACCAAACGCGCGUAAAGCCAUCUCUGUCGUUUCUGUCCUUUGUGAGGGCGCAACAACAUGAACAGCGCCAGUGUCGGCAAGGAGGCCGGACGGUUGAUACUCUGCUGUACACAGUCACUCAACUCACAGGAAUGCUCGCUCCCUAUCGCGCCAAACGAAGAAUUCGAUGUUGGCAGGCGGCAUUUCGAGGACCACUUCGGCGUAGAGGAUCUCACCAUUUCCGCUCAUCACCUCAGAUUUCGAUGUGUUGUCUAUGAUUCCGAGAAUGAUGGCUACGAUAGCUACGGAGAGGCGCGCGAAGACGAGAUUCGAGUACCUCCCAUGAUUUAUGCACGUGUCUUAUCGUCGAACCCGAUUGAGCUCAUGACCGCCGGCGCGCCGAACGGUGAGUCGCAUGUGAAAGUCUGCAAGGCUGAUGGUGACAAGCUCUUGAACGAUGGCGAUGUCUUGUAUCUCACGCCACAAAUUUCCAUCGUGUUCUGCGCCAAUGGUGUUCAAGAAUCUGUGUCCGAUGCCCUGGAUCCACUGCAACAAAUGGAAGUGAAGCUUUUCGAAGACACCUUUCGCAUGACGGGGCGUAAGCUCGGCUGGGGAGGUCAAUCCACCGUCGUGGUGGCAUUGAAACACCCAGGCGGGCAACAGAUCGCGUGCAAGAUUCCACAUCUCGCCUAUCUGAGGUACAAAUUCGACGAGAUCGAUCAUGACGAGUCUCUGCCCAAACCACGUCGCGAUGCCUACCGGAAGGAUUUUGAGCGCGAGCUCGAAGAGAAACGGGAACAGUUCCUCAGAGAACAUCGCAUCUUACGGCAACUCAGCCAUCCAAACAUCAUCAGUGUGGACAAGAUGAUGUGCACAAACGAUAGCGUUUACAUCUUUGAAGAGCUCCUCACCGGCGGCGAUCUGCUUUCAUACGUUUCAAGGAUCGGGACUCUGGGCGAGGCGCACACCGCGGUCAUUGUUCGACAACUUUUGAUGGCGGUGGCCUACCUGCACGACAAUCAAAUCGUACACCGCGAUAUCAAACCCGAGAACAUCUUGAUGACUUCUUGGCAGAAAGGCGCCCGCGUGGUUCUUACGGAUUUUGGGCAAUCGCGGCCAGUGAUGAAUGCGAAGUCCGUGGAAAGGAAGAGCAUAUAUGCUCGAAUGCAAACUCCAGUCGGGACUGCCGGCUAUCGAGCACCCGAGGUGCUGGAGACUGCUUCGGCGCAUGGGACACUCCAAGGCUAUUCCCAGGCCAUUGACGUGUGGUCUGUUGGCUGCGUCACGGCGUUCCUGACAGCCUCCGAACCACUCUUCCCCGAUCCGCCACACCUCUGCGAUACAAAGCGGCAGCACCCCGGCGACCAAGAUGAAACAGGUAAAUACGGCGUCAGGGUCAUGGAGACCGCAGCAUCAUGGUAUGGUGUGGGUCGCAAGUUGAAAUCGUUCAUAAGAGACUGCCUUCGGGAUGACGAAAGCCGGAGACCAACGGCCAAGCAAGCCUUGCAACAUCCAUGGUUCACAAAUCGUCACUACGCUGCGGAGCUGGAGGCCGCCUAUGAUCGGGCGAUUGGCGAUUGGCAGCCGAGAGAUCACGACGAGAACGCUGUCGUGUACUUCGACACUUCCGAGCUUGCAGACAGGUUAUACCUCGCAGCUCGCAGCAAUGCAGUAGAAGUGAAGUCAAAAUACUGGAAGUCAUCACCGGUUCAAACGUCGACCGGGUUCCAUGUUCGCACAACGAACUUGCCAAUCAGCUAUCGGAAACACGAGCCGACACCCUUGCCAAGCGUGAGUGAAGACACCGUCAUGCGCAACCCCAUUGGCAACGGCACAAAUGCUGCGCUGCAUCCGCCACACAAGACUUCUGAACUACCUAGCACAGUGGGGCGAAUGUCAAUCGAAGACUACGCGCCUCCGCACACUCAAUCGACACGAACACAGCCAGAGCGCGGCUUCUUCCAACCUCAGAGGUGGCCGGGCCAGAACGAGCUGUUUCAGAGAGACGUGAAUGCGACAAACCAGACUAGUCGCCGCAAUGACGAACACUCUAGCGGCGCGAAGUCCUCGAACAUGUUCAACGCACGCCUACGCCAGGCCAUAGACCCGUUCUAAGGCUGCUGUGAAUUGAAGAACUGACAAUCUCUCCAAUGAACCUUACAGUCCUUGCUCCGGCCUUUCGAAAGGCUGUCUAUUGUCUCGCUAACCGACCUGCAAGGAAGCACGUUCACUCUAUCAUGCCUGCUUGGCAUGGCAUUCAUUCGUAGAGACGAGCCCCGGAUACGUGGAUGGUCAUCAUCACGUGAGACUAGAAGUUCGGGGCCAACCUGAUCAGCAAAUCAAUACCAGCCCACCUUCGUGUGACAUCUAGUC